AUGAGCACUAUUAACCUUACUUCCACAGAAAUAAUUGUGCCAUACGAUGAAUUGGGUGUUAUAUCCCUUCUAUUGCGUUUCAAUUUUAUCGUUACCUCUUUCGCCGGCGGAAUCCUCACCACACUUCUCUGUUUCCUCGUGAUUUGCAAAACCGAAGGGACCCUACGGAAUUACCGAAGCAUAUUGCUAAUUUGCUCAUUCAACGACAUCUUCUACUGGGCGUUGGACAAUGCGUUAGCGCCAAAGUUGAAGCAGACUGAUGGAGUCUUCAUGAUCAAGAUUGAAGGCCCCGCAAGAUAUUUUAGCCACGACGUUCGCCUCAUACUUGUUUCAAUUUACAUUUUUGCGGUUUGUGUGAUAUGCAGCCAAUUGCCAGCCCAAAUGUAUUUUAGGUAUCAUUGUUUAACCAGGUGGGCGGAAAGACGUCUCAUUGAUUUUAAUUCUAUAUUUCUUCAGACCGCGCCCAUUGACAACCGCCAAAACAGUUGGACUGUUCUUGUUGUCGCUAGUUGUUGCUUCGCCCAACUACUACUUCGUCUACAUGACGCUAAGCUCGGUGGAUGCGCUACGGAAGAAAGUGGAUUACAACGCAUUGUGGUAUAAAGAGCUGCCUGCUCCUGAUGUGUUUUUCAGCGAUGCGGUAAGCAUAUUUAUCCUUGCUGCUCUAAUCUUGAAUUGUCUAUUCCGUAAUUCGUUGCAUUUCAUUUUCUGAUUUGAGCCCUGACUUUGAGUUGGCGUACACUUACGGGCCACAGGAAAAAAACACGGCGAUUUAGGUACACUCUUGGAAAUUAGCCGACGUUUGUGGGCAACCGAUUUUUUGUCCAUGUGUGAAGCUAUCAAGGCGAAAAUUGGUAUGAAGUUGCGGCCCGCAGUACUUUAGUCACCCAUGGUUUUGGGAUAAUAUGAUUUUUCUUACGUAUCGUUAAGUGUCGGCUGAUUUCCGAACGUGUACACAAAAUCACCGCGAAACAGAAGACCAGUAUUGUGUUCACGCCCAAAUUUGACCUUGGUCCAAAAGGAGUGUUGGAAUUUCGCAAAAUGAGAUUUUUUUUACUGUAAGAAGUAAAAUACAUAAUUCCGAGAAGAAUAUUUGUCACAAAGAAGCCCCACGAAAAAAUCUUUUGUGACAUUUCGUUGGAUCACAAUGCGUCAAAGUGGGCGACUCAAGUAGCCAGGAAACACGUCAGCACGCCACGAAAAACGUAAGGCAAAAUUGGAAAUAGAGAUUUCGAGCUGCGCCCAAUAUUUUUAAUCUUUUUUGAGCGCAUGAAUAUUGUGGUAGAUAUUAUUGUAACUCUGAGAGUUGGAAUAAUUUAGAGAUGAAUAAUAUGUCAAAAAUUACGUUUUUGUCAGUUUCAAGUGUUGAAUAUAAUGGAUGAGUUCAUGGAGGCCAGCCCAUUGCGCUCUGACACAAAAAUGAUUCUCCAGCUAUUGAUGUGUCUAUAGAAAAGGUAAGAUUUCUCUUUUUGCAUCCGGUUUAGGAACAACGUAGCCAAUUCAUUUGUGUGAAACAUCCUAGCGGAUGUUUUAAAGAAGAAAUUUGGAAAUUUCGUAGUUGAAAAAGGUCACUUCCUAGUUCAUUAAUGCAUCAUUUUGCAGUAUCUGAUGGUGUCUCCAGAAAAUGUAAGUUUUCUCUUUUUUCAUCCGGUUUAGGGACAAAGGAGUUGAUCUGUUUUGUGCGAAACAUACCAGCGGACGUUGUAAAGAAGAAAUCUGGAAAUUUGACAAUAGUAAAAGGGCACUUGUCGAUAGAUUAUAUACAUCAUUUUGCAUCAGCUGAUAGUGUCCCAGAAAAUGUGAGAUUUCUCUUUUUGCAUCCGGAUUAGGAUCAAAUUAGCCAAUCCUUUUGUGUAAAAUGUCCUUGCGCACGUUAUAAAGAAGAAAUCUCGAAAUUUGACAAUGGAAAAAUGGCACUUGUCAAUGGAUAAUUGCAUCAUUUUGCAGGAACUGAUGGAGAAAUGCGAGAAAGGGCUGGAGAAGGCGUGAGGAAAGCUGGAUCAAAGGAAGCAGACGACGUUCAGAACAUUUCAAGGUAAGUUUAUGACGUUGCCUUUUUGAUUUUUUUGUUUUUCUAGGCCAUUGAGCUAACAAUUUUCUCUGGUGUUACCUAAAAUAAUAUAAUUGAUAUUUCAGUCGGUCCAUGCUGAAGUAGAAUGUGAAGGCCAGCAUAACGUACCAAAGGGUGUGGAGAUGGAAUUCCGAGUUCAGAUUGCAUCCGGCAAAUUCGAUGGAUUGUCGAAAACUUAUGUAAUUUUAAUUAUUCUUGUUGGUUUGAUAUUUAGGUGGAAAUAAAGAAGAUUUGAUGAAUUUCAAAUUAGUAGGGGUGUUUUGUAGCAAUAUCAAAGCCCUGCUAGUCUUGUUUACCCCCGGAAAGCUCGAAUUCGGUCAGAUUCGUCGAUUCUGAUCCAAUUUUGCCUAAUGCAAUAUAAUUUCUUUUCUCUUCUUCGAUCAAUCUGAGAAGUUCGGGUUGCACCUCCUCGAUGCUUUCUCGUUGGUUUCACACGUAAAUUGUUGUUUUAUUAGAACUUUGGGAUCAUUUUUAUUAUUUAUUUGUAAAGGUUUCAGCGUAUGAAAUGUCGAAAACAUUUUUCCGCGAAUUUCUCUAUUUCCACUUUUUUCGUGGCGUGCGUCAGGGGCCUGUUUCACGAACGCAAAAUAAAGAAAAUAGAAAUAUGAGUGAGCGAGGGAACAGAGGAAAUGCAUGCGAAACGGGAGAGACGGCAGGAAAAUGAGGAUUGCGCCAAUUCUCAAUCGGAGUGACUUUUUACGUCCAAAAUUACGGGUUGGCGGUAGUAUUUGAGCCAUAACUUUCCUCUACUUGGGCCUACAAGCACCCUCCAAAAAUUCAAAUAAUGCUGAGACUUCGUGCUAUGUAGAUCUAUAAAAAUUUUUGCUCUACCGCCAAUGACAAAGUUACCAUAGGCGUUGUAGUGUUGAAUUCUUCUACUUUAUAACGGUAAAAGGCCUUUUUUCGCGUUAAUUGAAACAGUAAAAAAUUCUAAUUUAUGUCAGUCGAUAGACAAUUUAAUUCUCUACAAAACAUUUUUAGAGGGCCAACUGUAAGUAAUUUUUUGGCUGAGUAAUAACUGAUUUACUUUGACAAUCCCUCGAUUUUCAUCACAAAAAAUCUUUCGAAAGAGCCCUCAAAUCAAAACAAGAGAGAAGUUUUACGGUAAAAAAUGGGAUGCGGCUGGACUAGAUCACCCAUAACUUUAUCAGUUGGUGAGAUAUAGACGCCCCUCUAAAAAAAUGAGGUAGCCAAGACAAUUUUCUUUACAAUUAUAUAAAAUUUUAUACUAAUAUUUUAUUAUUUGGAACAAAAACCUAUUUUUAUUCUGAAAAAAUGGAAAAAUGUUGCAAACUGCUGCACUACUAUAAAUUUGUUCGUGCCGUAGAUCGCCAAACAUCCUAAAAAAUUGCAUUACUGUAAACCGCGGACUCAGGUCUACAUGAUUUUUUUUAAAUGGUGUCGAUCCGACAAUUUUGGGCGAUGUUAUGAGGGAAUUAAGCUAGAAUUGCAAAAAUUUUAUAGAAAAUAGAAAUAUGCGCAUUACUACUGCUAUUUUCGAGCGAGUUUUUGCAACAAUGCAACGAAACUUGCACACAUGACAGUCCAAACAGUUAGCAUUAUUCGAAAUUUUGAAGGGUGAUUCUACGCCCAUGGAGGGAAAAGUUAUGGCCGAAACACUGCCGCCAACCCUGAUUUUGGACGUAAAAAGUCACUCCGAUUUAGAAGUGGCGAAAUCCUCAUUUUUCUGCCGUCUCUCCCGUUUCACAUGCAUUUCCUUUGUUCCCUCGCUCACUCAUAUUUCUAUUUUCUUUAGAAAUAUGAGUUUUUGCGUUCGUGAAACAGGCCCCAGGUUUCCGUGACUCGUGCCUGAAGCCAACCACUUUACACCGUGGCAAGUCAGGUGCAGAAACUCUUAUUAGAAACGCGAACUUUAGACUUGUUGAUUGACGGAUUAUGAUUAUUUCACUUUGCCCUUCUAUGCUUUCCUAUUUACUUAUUUUCAGCGUUCGUUUUAUCACAUCGUAUACUUUGUGUACGGCGGAUUACUUAUUUCCUUUUCGUAUGCUCUCUCACUCUUUAUUGGCGUGCAAACGUUGAAAAAGACCCGGCGAUUGUACGAUUCUUGUUCCGACAAUACCAAACGGCUUCAAAACCAGCUGAAUAACUACCUCACCGUGCAAGUGAGUCAAUAUCCUUCCAAACAAUGGCUGGAUCUUUUGCUAACUAACCCAUUUUCAGUCUGUGGUACCUUUGGUUGUCUGCAUUACACCGUUAUUAUUUGUCAUCGUGACCGGCUUCUUGUACAUCGACAUAGGCCGGAUUUGCAUGCUAAGCGCCGUUUUCCUAAGCUGGAUGCCGAUUCUAAACUCGCUGAUUACAAUGAUUGUCAUCAUUCCAUACAGAAAAUGGAUUCUACAACGACUCCUUUGCUUCAAAAAGCCGAACGAGGCAUCAGUGGCGUCAUUUACGCAGCAAGAUUUGAGCCAUCAUCGUUAG